UCUCUCCCUCUCUCACUCUCUCUGUCUGUCUCUUUCACAGCUCAGCAUCUCCACACUCACAAUGCGUAAAUCCACAGGUCUGGUGUUCCACAGAGGUAUCAUACUGUCCAUCUGAGCCACUUGUGGGAAGGAUGUGUCAUAGCUCCUGAAAGAGCCUGCUUGAGAAAUGCCAUUAACAAUAGAGCAGCAGUGAUGUGGACCAGAGUGAGAGCAGGGAUGAAUGCGUCUGAUGAGUCCCCCUUCCACGAGGAGGUGCUGAUGGAUAACUCCACCUGGGCUUACCCCUACUAUCACCAAAACUACACCCUGCCCCCACAGCUGCUACCAGACAAGACCAGCACCUCCAAACCUGCAGCAUGCGAGCAGCUCCACAUUGCUGUAGAGAUCUUUCUGAUCCUGGGUAUCGUCUCCCUGCUGGAGAACAUCCUGGUCAUCACGGCCAUAGUAAAGAACAAGAACCUCCAUUCACCCAUGUACUUCUUUGUUUGCAGCCUAGCAGUAGCAGACAUGCUUGUGAGUGUGUCCAACGCCUGGGAGACCAUCAUCAUUUACCUUCUUAACAACAGACAGCUGGUGGUGGAGGACCACUUCAUCCGGCAGAUGGACAAUGUAUUUGACUCCAUGAUCUGCAUCUCUGUCGUUGCGUCGAUGUGCAGUCUUCUGGCCAUUGCUGUGGACAGGUACGUCACUAUCUUCUAUGCUUUGAGAUACCACAACAUUAUGACAGUGAGGAGAGCUGGCUGCAUCAUUGGGGGAAUCUGGACCUUCUGCACGGGCUGCGGUAUCGUCUUCAUCAUCUACUCAGACACCACCCCUGUCAUUAUCUGCCUUGUCUCCAUGUUUUUUGCCAUGCUGCUCAUCAUGGCCUCCCUCUAUAGCCAUAUGUUUAUGCUGGCUCGUUCACACGUCAAGCGCAUCGCCGCCCUGCCUGGCUACAACUCCAUCCACCAGCGUACCAGCAUGAAGGGGGCCAUCACGCUGACCAUCCUGCUGGGGAUCUUCAUCGUCUGCUGGGCUCCCUUCUUCCUCCACCUGAUCCUAAUGAUCUCCUGUCCGCGGAACCUCUACUGCGUGUGCUUCAUGUCCCACUUCAACAUGUAUCUCAUCCUCAUCAUGUGCAAUUCUGUAAUUGACCCGCUCAUCUAUGCCUUCAGGAGUCAGGAGAUGAGGAAGACGUUUAAGGAAAUCAUCUGCUGUUGCAGCUUGAGAAAUGCCUGUACGAACAUCUGUGCUCUGACUGGUAAGUACUGAGAGAGACAGACUGAGAGGACCAAUGACAGGAUGGAUAUAAUGGAUUGACUGAAACUGACACUGGAGUAUAACUAUGGGAGAUUCUAUCAAAAUAUACUGAGAAUUGGUUCAUUACACCUUUCAGCUAGUACAGUGUUAAAUCAAGCACAUUUUGUCUUCUGACCAAUAUGGACUGGACAGGGGACGUAGGAACAUUAUGUUGGAAGACUAUUAUCUCCUAUUCUGUAUGCCUUGUUAUACAAAGUACAAAAACAAAUGCUACUUUAUUACAUACAUUAUUUUCUGGUCUGCCUUUCAUUCUAACUGAUAUUUCUUUUACUCCUCUGCUUUAGCCUUCCUUUUUAAAUCAGUGAACAGUUAUUACUUUCUUUUGACAGAAUUUCUAUAUCACUAAUUUUCACUACCAUUACUUACUUUACUUAUUAGUAAACCUUCAACAUGGUUGUGUAUAUACUUUCUUUUAAUUAUGCAUUGGCAUACACAUAAUGACUGCCCACUGCUGCUCUGGAGAAUUGGUUGAGCAUGAAUGAUGGAGGCAGUGAAGUCAACAAUUGGGUAGAAAACCAAAUAGAUCUAGUUCACAAUUACUCAUAUUCAUAUGGUGUCUCUUGCUGUGGCCACCUUUUAUUAAAGGGCAACCAGAUUUUCCACAUUAAAGUCUGUUUACAGGUGUUGAGGAACUACAAGCUUAAAAAUGAAAAAAAAAAAAAAAAAAAAAAAACUCUGGGGAUGUGGAGUUAGAAAGAAGGCAGUUUACCAGACCUCUGUAGCCUGCUCUUCAUUUCUGCUUGAGGCUAGAGCCUUGAGGCUACAUUAGCUGCUACCAGCAUAACACACCCAACCCUUUUUUAAAGAAAAUCCAUCCAAGUCCAAAACUGUUACUGCCAGUUUGUGGUUUCUGCAUCCUGCAAGGGUCCAUGUGGAACACUUCCACUUGACUGUAGUAUGUAUAGAAAGACAGUCUGCAGCUGACUAUCCUGGAGUAUGGUUAGGGCUUUAUAGGAGUGCAGUGCUUAAUUGGUUGAGUAUUCUGUUACAAUAUACAUUUAAAUUAAAGUCACCUACUUGGCUACACAUUUAGUGACUGGUUAUUGUGCCAAAUCUGAAGCUUUGGACAAAGAUAUUUUGGUGCCACUCGAAGAUGAUUCAGUCCCAAUCUGCUCCAUCGUGGAUGUGCCUCAUCUCCAAGUACACACAAAGUGUUUAUGCAUAUAUGUAAAUCAAAACAUUAUUCAACUCAGAUUGACGACAUCCCUGUGUGAGUAAGUUUAUUUGAAGUAGGCCACAGCAUUGAUGCAGACUGACUGAGUCUUUGGUGGAUUAUUUUUUUAACCUUCAACAAGUCACACAUUAUUUGUCUAUGGCCUCAGACAUAUGUCAUCUUGGUUGUUAUUUGUAAGUAUGGAAAAGUUGUGCUGCUUCUGAACCUUUGGAUAGCUUUACCUGUCAACAGCCAAUUUUCUGUUAUUGCUAUAUGCCCUGCCUCAGCCUGCUGCAGCAUUAGUGAUAAAAAUUAAUGAUCCGCUUCUUCAAAUAUGCCAGUAGCACAGGAGUUUCUGCUGUGAUUUGACUGCAAAGUCACUGUGUCUGUCUCCUGUCUCUUUCUUCUACCUUCAUAUUAAUUAUAGCUGCUGUGUUCUGCCAAUGUGCCCUCUGAUCUCCUCAUACUGCCUUUCUCCCCUCCACUCUAUAUUAGACUCAAGUAACGAUUCAAGUUUACAAAAAAUGUAAAAAAUGAAUGUACAAUAGCUUCACAAUGCUCUGAGUGUAUUCCUACCUCCCAGCUAAGCAGCUUGACAGAACUUCAUCACAAAAAUCAACCAUCUUCUGAAUCUGCUUUUCAUACCAAUGUUACGCUGCAUUGUAGAUGCUAAACAUUUGUUUUGCAGUUAUGCUUAUAGAAAACAAGAUAAAGAAUGUUUUUGGAAGAAAUAUGAGGAAAAAAGUAUUAAAAAGAUGUUUUUUUUCAGUUUUGUGUUACAAUUUUCAAACUGUAGCUUUCAUUAAUGUUUAUUGUAUCUUUUAUCAAUAUCUAUAAUAUCUUUACCUUGUUACUGUUGUGAAGUACUCAGUUCUUGUUCCCACAGAAACAGCAGCAAAGCCACUGACAUGAUGAUGUGACAUGAUGUGACACUGGACAGAGCAGACAUGUUGAUUAUAAAUUGCAUGCUCAGUCCUAUGUUUCUGUACAUUGAGACAGUAAAACAGCUGCAGUGGAAAUAUAAAUGUGAGCUACAGUUGAAAUGAUUGUUGUAGUUGUUGGCAAUGUUGUAUGAUGAAUAAUUUUAUUGUCUGUAUUGUAUGUCUGAAUAAAGGUGAAAGGUAGAAUGAA